UAAAGCUCAGCCACGUUAUAACAGCUUUAUCAAAUCUCAACUGUAAAAGCGUCAAAUUUUAAUUAGGAUCUCAAUUUUUUUUCAAACACUCUCUUCUUUCAAAAAAAUAAAUAAAUUAAACAGUCCUACUUAUUUUCAAACCCAAUAUUCGGUGCUAUUCACCAAAAAAAACCCAGUAUUCGGUGCUUCUUCUUCUCUGUGAUCACUCUCUACAUCUCUGCUUCUGUCCGUGUGAGAAAUCAGAGAUGGCUUCCACCUUUGUCUAUGGUUUUCUUACAGCUGUUCUUCUUCUUCAAUCUGUGACUGCUAAUCCUAUUGGUGGAAUAUUAUCCCCUCUAAUCGAUGUUGUUUGCAAAGAUGUGGAUUGUGGGAAAGGAGAUUGCAAGGCUUCUGCUAAUAACACUAUCCUCUUUGAAUGUGUUUGUCAUCCUGGUUGGAAGCAGACUUUUUCUAGCCAUGAAGAUAACCUCAAGUUUCUCCCUUGUGUUAUUCCCAAUUGUACACUUAAUCGAUCCUGCGCUGCAUCGCCUUCUUCGGUUCAAGAGAAAGCAAGCAAAUCCAAUGAUUCAAUUUUUGAUCCCUGCUAUUGGAGUCAUUGUGGAGGAGGCUCUUGCAACAAAACUUCUAAAUUCACAUACAAUUGUGAAUGUUCAGAGGGUUAUUAUAACCUUCUCAAUACCUCUUAUUUCCCUUGCUUCAAAGAAUGUGAAAUUGGAAUGGAUUGUGCAAACCUUGGAAUUAAUAUGACAAACAAAACUUCUACGUCGUCACCGGCUGUGGCCGACAAUCAAGCUACAGGUAGCUCGACUGUAAGGCUUUCUUUUUGGCCGGUAAUCAUGAUCGUGUUCAUGGCGAUGAUUCCAUGGGAAUAUGUAUAGCAAAUCCAUGUGGUUUCUUGCUCCCUUUCCACUUAGAUUCUGUAUAUGUCAUUUUGAGUGAUUGUUUCACUUCCCAUUUGAGGUCUUUUUUCAUAGUUUCGUAGCUUGUUCCACUAGUAUUAAAAUUUUCAAACUUUUAUUUCUAAGUUAUCAGCUGUAAUCUGUAAGGAUUUCAAUAGUUUGGUACAAGUUUAGUACUUAUAAUAUUUAUUUUCUUGUACCCUUGUUACUUAUUUAUAUAUGGGGGAGAAGAGGAUUCAUCUUGAUUA